AUGGAUACACAGUGCAUGCCUUCGUCUUCUUCCUUGUACUCCAAAAGUCACAAAAAUUUCAUAGUGAUCCCGUCAUUGGUUAGAAGCCAACAAAAGAACACUACAGUUUACUUCAAGUACAGGAUCCGUGAUUAUCUUGCUUGUGCCUGCAAAUGGCAGCAAGAGAGAAGGGAAAUUGUAACUCAAAGACCUUUAGUAACAAAGGCAAAGAAAGUUCCUAUAGAAUUGAGCGAGGAGCCGGUUAAAGUGUCUGAGAAGAAAGGAACUAUUGCUGGUGCUGUUGCUCUUAUUAUUGGUACUAGUAUUGGUUCUGGGAUACUUGCUCUACCACAGAAAGCUUCUCCUGCAGGAGUAAUUCCAAGUUCAAUAUGCAUGAUAGUAUGUUGGGGUUUUCUCCUAAUUGAAGCACUUUUGCUUGUUGAGAUCAAUGUUGGUUUGAGGAGGAAGCAAGGUAAAAAGGAAGAUGAGAGUGAACUAGAGGUCAUAUCUAUUAGGACUAUGGCUCAAGAGACUCUAGGAGACUGGGGUGGGAACUUGGCUACCGUUACCUAUGUCUUCUUGGGUUACACUUCCAUGAUUGCCUAUAGUUCCAAGUCUGGGGAGAUCCUUUUUCGUUUGGUAAAUCUUCCAGAAUCUGUUUCAUCCUGCCUCUUCACUACUAUAUUCACUACGUUAAUAUUUUUCGGUGGGACUCAAGCAACUGAUCAAGUCAAUCAAUGGCUUACUGCUUCCAUGAUAGGUUUGCUACUAGCGAUUGAGGUGAUAGCCAUUGCGUUCGGAGGGUGGUCAGGAUUGGAGGGAAGUGGUGACUGGGGAAAAGUUCCAGCUACAGUUCCUGUGAUGAUUUUUGCUUUGGUUUAUCAUGAUCUAGCACCUGUUCUCUGUGCUUAUUUGGGUGGUGACCUUAAACGACUACGGGCUUCAGUGUUGCUGGGUAGCAUUGUUCCUUUGCUGGCAUUGCUUGUUUGGGAUGCAAUUGCUCUUAGCCUUUCUGCUCAGACUGAUCAAGUUGUUGAUCCAGUUGAAUUUCUGAUGAGUGAGAGAUGGAGAGGGGUUUCAUACAUGGUAGAGGCCUUCUCACUUCUUGCAGUAGCAACAUCACUGAUUGGCACCCUCCUCGGCUUCUCCGAGUUCUUCAAGGAGCAACUGAAGAACCUCUCACGGCAUGCGAAAACUGCACGAACGUCACAGGAACCAAAUGGGCUGAGUGAAUGGUGGGAAAGGAAUAAAAUCAGCUUCGCAGCAAUGGCAAUGGCGGUUGCACCAACGCUAGUUGUCUCAACCAUCGUUCCAGAUGCAUUCUCUGCUGCCACGGACAUCGCUGGAGGCUACUGCAUGACAAUGCUCUAUGGAAUUCUUCCACCGGCAAUGGCCUGGGCAAUGUAUAACAGAGAACGAGAGUGCGCUACUAACCAAAAUACGCUAUCGAGAGCAAGGCCUGCGCUUCUUGGGGUGGGCAUCUUUGCAAGUGGGAUAGUGGUGGAGCAAAUCUUGCAGGAUUUCUCAGCAUUGCACCCUUAA